AUGGCGGCGCCGGCGGAGCAGGCGGCGGAGUUGGCGGCGGCGCUGCCGACGCCAUUCCUCACGAAGACCUACCAGCUCGUCGAAGAUCCGGCCGUUGAUGACGUGAUAUCUUGGAACGAAGACGGCUCCACCUUCAUCGUCUGGCGGCCGCCGGAGUUCGCCCGCGACCUUCUCCCCAAAUUCUUCAAGCACAACAACUUCUCCAGCUUUGUCCGUCAACUCAACACCUACGUGAGAUAGUCCCCUCCUCUCUCUCCGCUUCUUCUUCUCCGGCGGCCAUCUCCGCCUCUCCUUCGUCUGAUAGCGAGUUUCUUGUCCGAAAUUAGGGUUUCCGGAAGGUGGUAGCGGACCGGUGGGAAUUCGCCAACGAGUGCUUCCGGCGGGGGGAGAAGAAGCUCCUCUGCGACAUCCACCGCCGGAAGGUCCUACUGCCACCGACGGCCGGCAGAGCCGUGGCCACCGCCUCUUCUCCGGCGGAUUCCGGCGAGGAACCGGCCGCCUCCUCCAACUCGUCCCCCGGCAGCGGCGGCGGGGGGACGGCGGCGACGGAUCUGGCGGAGGAGAACCACCGCCUUAAAAGGGAGAAUGAGAAGCUCAGCCGUGAGUUAUCGUACCUCCAGGGCCUCUGCGACGACAUCUUCUGCCUCAUGUCGAGCUACGCUGCCCAGAAGCAGCAGCAGGAGAGGCGGCGGCCGGAUAACGGGUCGACCCGCCUCGCCGGGGAGUCGGACGAGGCCGGCCCGAGCCGGGAGGGCCGAGUCAAAUCGGAGGACCAGGAGGGGCACAACCCUCGGCUCUUCGGGGUCCCGAUCGGCGCCAAGCGCGCGAGGGGCUGCCCGUCGGCGGAGGAGAAUCCCGAGCAGGCGGACGCCGCCACCGGCGGCGGCGGCGGGUUUCCCCUUCCGACCCAGCGAGUCUAA